AGGAAGAACAUCUGAGAUAAACAGAGAAACAACUCCCUCUGCGAUCAUAUAUAAUCCAGCCCUGCUGAGGUGUGAUUUAGUGAAAAGUCUCAUCAGAUUCAGUGACUUGCUCUUUCACAGCAAUUCUACAUCAACAUCAUGGCAUACAUUUAUGGAGACAUCAUGAAAAUAGACACCACCGGUGCAUCAGAGGCGACAGCAAAACAAGACAAAUUAACCAUUAAGGGGGUUGAAGCCUCUAAAAAACUGGCUGAGCAUGAUCUGGCCCGGAUGGAGAAAUACAAGAGUAUGAUCACUAAAGUUGGCAAAGCAAAGAAGAUUGAUCCGGCUGUGAUUGCUGCCAUAAUAUCCAGAGAGUCCAGAGCUGGAGCCCUCCUGAAGAAUGGAUGGGAACCCGUAGGCAAUGGCUUUGGCCUUAUGCAGGUUGACAAACGCCACCACACUCCAGUUGGUGCAUGGGACAGUGAGCAGCAUGUCACACAAGCUACUGAGAUACUCAUUGGCUUCAUUCAAAAAAUUAAAGUAAAUUUUCCCAAGUGGACACAAGAGCAAUGCUUUAAAGGGGGAAUAGCAGCCUAUAACAAAGGUGUGAGUAGAGUCACUUCGUAUGAGACUAUCGAUGCCAUAACCCCACAUCACGACUACUCCAAUGAUGUUGUUGCCAGAGCCCAAUGGUUCAGAAGCAAGGGUUACUGAAGAACAGCAGUUUCUGAGCAGUUAAACUCUUGUGAAAUAUAUGCAAUGUAUUAACUUCACUGGAUUACUCCUCAUUAUUGAAGUUACUGUAUUUGUGUCACAUAAACAUAGCUUCUGUUUUAAUAUCUUUGUUUUCUGUAUCUUUUGAUUCAGUAAGUAAUCCAAUAACUAAGAGCUAAACUACAUGUCACUGCAUAAUAUGAUAUGACGAAAUAAACUUUUUUUUUUCA